AUGUCGCUUCCAGACUCGGAGAAAGCAUCAUCGGGCUUCACCGCCGUCAACGGAGAUGCACAUGCUAUUUCAUCUUUUCGACCAGCUGAGGCCACGAAACCAUGGCGGGCGCUCUCUGGCAAAAGCUCACCUGGCGAAAACAUUACAGUUUCUACUUCGCUACCUUCUCAUGGGUGGCGGCCCGACAUUCGGGAAGUGACUGCUAACCGUGAGGAUUCGAACCCUUCUGUCGAUCCAGCAAGUAAACGGAAGAGGCCUGAGAACGAGGACGAUGCUCAAUCAAACAAUGUCGACGCUGACGGUCGAGAAUCUCCCAAACGACGGCUGCUCUCAAACGUGUUGGACUCCGCAGUUGAUUUGACUUCUCCCGAUGUAGAGAUCGAUCGCAUUCGACCUGGACUGGGUCAAACAAGCCGGGCAUCCUCGCCCGUGCCAAACCUCAACCGAGCGCCUCCGCCAGAAGUGUCAUCCAGUGCAGAGGCCAGAUUGAUGGAGUCUGCAAGGCAGUUCCAACAAGCACAACGUGCUGAGACCGCUGAAAAAGCGUCUCCAGCACGAGACAACUACGAGAUGUAUGACCAGUCUCCGCCAGAUGAUACUACGAUGAACGAUGGUACCGAUCCAAAGAAGCGCAAGAGGCUCUUCACCAAUCGAACAAAAUCAGGCUGCCACACCUGUCGGUCUCGCAAGAAGAAGUGUGACGAGAAGAAACCAAUCUGUGGGAACUGUGAACGCGGGAGAUUUGAUUGCGGUGGUUAUGGAACCAAACCUCCGAAGGACUACAAACCAACGACACAGAGCCGCACUGUGAUGCCGCAACCGAAACCACCGCUCCAGCCGUCAGCCGGAUCUUACACGGAUUCAGCAUAUGUGGGACCUCCAAGCUACUGGCCGCAAGGGGAACCUCCGAAGAGCCAUCCACAGCAUCAUUCGCAAUCGGAGAUUGGGCGCAGCUAUUCGCACUGGGGUAGGCUACCAGACCAAGCUAGUGAAGCAAAGCCUCCAAGUAGCAGAGACUCGUGGCCUCAUCCAGGUUGGCAUACCGAUCAUCCACCCCCUCCGCUACCGCCGCCGGGCUCCUACUAUCCUGAACGCACCCCUACGUCGGAAUACCCGAUACUACCGCCUCCCAACCACAUAGCAUCAACGACUCCACAACCGCACAUGCCCUUGCCGCCGCUCCAACACUCACAGCCACCUCCACUCGCGGAGCCAUGGGCACACCAGCAGCACGGGUACGCAUCACACAGAUACCCACCACCGCCGCCAUCCCACGUCAGCUCGAACAACACCCACCCCAGCUCCAGCUCCCACGGCUCUGGCAGGGGUCGUCACCACCUCUCCGAAAAGGACAAAAUGCUCCGCGGCAUGCCGUACCUACAGUACUUUGACCAGCAACUCAUCCGCGAACGCGAGCGGUGCGCGCAAGCGUGUUUGCGGUAUAACAAGGCCGCGAAACCGGACGGUGGAAUCUCAGCUAGCCAGCGCGCAGUCUUCUUCUCUCAAAUCUUGGAUCCGCGCGAGUCAAAGGACUUUGUCGGGCCGGCCGGUGAUAUCGGCAGUGGGACGAUUGUGGAGAGCCCGUUCAAGUGUGAUUAUGGCUAUCAUAUCCACCUCGGCAAUGACACGAUCAUUUCUAUGGAAUGCUAUCUGCAGGAUGGUGGCGGGGUUUUCAUCGGAAAUAGAGUCGUUAUCGGCGCACGGGUGCAGCUGUUGACCUCGACUACGAGUGUGGAUGCGAGAGUGCGGGCGGGUGGUGAUGGGCCGGGCACGAGGGUGACGGUGAAGUCGGGGUCGAUCUGGGUUGGCGACGAUACUUUCAUCGGUGCGGGCGCUAUCGUGCUGCCGUAUGUAAGGAUAGGGAAUGGAGCGGUCGUCGGGGCCGGGUCUGUGGUUACGAGGGACGUACCCGACAAUACCGUCGUAGCCGGCAACCCAGCGAAGCAUAUCCGUACUAUCGACGCAAACGCGGAUCAUCACCAUAGCCGCGAGUUGGAUGCGCAAGAAGAAAAGGCUAGGAGGAUUAUGGAGGACUAUGUGGAUUGUGGGUUUCAGCCGAGGACUCCAAGGAUGAUCUAG